AUGAGUCAACAUGAAGUUUCCUCAUCUUCUCUGAAGAGGGAUUUAAAUAAUGUUCUCUCAUCACAAAGUACAGAGCACGAUCAUGGUCAUCAUCAAAUGGAUGAGGCUCUGAUUGAUCAAUUUCAUGCUAAUCUUUCACUCCGAGAUCAAUUAGAAAAUACCAAAAAUCUUCUCAUCAAUGCUUCAUCAUCAGAAGAUAAGACUUGUCAAGUUGUGGGACGUAUGCAAAAUUAUGUAGUGGUAAUUAAAAUUCAAGAUAAAUUAUUCUAUACUACCAGAGGAACAUUGAUGGGAGAGGCUACUUUUGGAAAGAUUCCUGUUGAUACCAAAAUUUCAAAUCGUGACCGACUGACCGAUGAAGAUUCAACUAUAAGACAGGAACUUACCAAAGAGAUGGGACUAGUCACAAUGUGUGAUGCUGACAGCUUUUUAUAUGUAAAGGCAGGAGACAAUUUAUUUCAAUCCAUGAAAGAUCAAUUGAAAUUAUAUGAUGGCACUGAAGAGAGUGUUAACACUCAAUUUAUAGAUAGAAAUCCAAUAGGUUUUGAGUUUGUUUUGGAACAUUUGAGAAUGGCAGGGAAGGUGAAAUGUCUUGGUAUUGAAAAGUUUAAUUUAAACUUGUUGAAAUGUAUUAUGGAGGAGUCAAAAUUUUUCAAAACUGAAAAACUUUCACAUCAUAUUCAAUUACUAAUGAGGACCUAUCACAAUUCUGAAGUUUUGGAAUGUGAAAAUAAUGCUACAAUGAAAUCACAGCCACCCAUUCUAUCUAUUGAAAAGGAUAUGCAACUGAUUGAAGAAGAAUCGAGACAGAAGGAGCAAAUUAUCAAACAAUUGAGUUCUGAAAUUUCCAAAAAAUACCAGGACUUUUUGCUUGAUAACAAUAGGAAAGACGAGUUUUUUGAGAGUGCAGAUUUGGUAGUCAAGUUGAACGUAUCAGGUCAAAAGUUUAUCAUUCCAUUCAGAGUUUUGGCUCAACAUGACGACUUUAUUGUGACCAAAUAUAUUCAAUCUCCAAAUUUUCGAGUUGGUCUCGAUGGGUACUUAUUUAUUGACAGAAAUCCAGAAUUAUUUUCUUUAAUUUAUAGCUAUUUGAUUUGUAAUAGAAAGUUUAAUCAUUUUCCUGCUACCAUGUCAGAUGCAAAGAGACUUCAAUUCAAGAAGGAGGCAGAAUUUUAUGGUUUGAACACGCUUCUAGAUGAAUACUUGGAUGGAUUGAGAUAUCCAAUCGAAUUGCUCUCCAGCGAAAAUAUUCAAAUGAAGGAAAGGGAUGAUUGGCUAAGAAAGUUCUAUGUUAAACAUAGAGAUUCCCCAUUACUAGAUGACAUGUACUUGACUCUAUCACCUGUUUUCGAAAAGUUGGAUGAGAUUCACUCUGGAGAGAAAUUCAAGAUUGACUAUGUGAAAUGUCCCAAGAUUUUGGAUUUGUCAAACAAGUUGAAAUAUUCAAGACAUGUUGAAAAACCAAAACUAGUGAAUAGUUUGGAAACUUUCAAGAAGAAUUGGUACAACUUUACUCAUGGUCUUCUCGAAGGUUUAGAUUGGAAUGGAAUUUUUGCUGCUGGUGGAGGUGUCUUGGGCUGUCUUUUCAAAGGAGAUGAAAACGAUACUGAAAGGACGACUAUCAUGACUGAAUAUAUGCCAGCCGCUUCCUCGACUGAGCAUUAUAGCACAACAUCUAUUUUGGAGAGGAAGACCUUAUCGUUCGAUUUGGAUGAAAGUGAUUUCAAAUAUUGGAAAACAAGUACCAACAAAGCAAACACAGUUGUACAAAGUCAAUACCAUCAAUUUUCGUCCAUUUCAAAUGGGUGUGGAGUUUUAGGAUCUCAUUUGCAGAGAUUUAGCGGUCUUGAAUGGAUAAGGAAAAAAAUUGCUGAUGCAAACGAGAAACGAAAACACAAUAUUAGUGGAAAGAAAGCUAAUCAAACUUCGAAACAAUCAAAUAUUUCUCCACCAGAACCAAUAGAAAGUAUAGAUAAGAGUCAAGCAAAGUAUAUUCCAGAUCCUGAUAUUCCUUCCAGUUUUCAAAAAUCAGACAUUGACUUGUUUCUGUAUGCAGUCGACGAGGAAGAAGCAAAGGAAAAAAUCGAGCACAUCUACAACACUAUUAAGGGAAAUUUGAAAAAGAGACUUGUUCGUGAUUUGGGUCCAGGCAGUGACAGUAAUUAUCUUUAUUUUACAAGCAGUUCUGAAAAAAAAUCAACAGAAGUACAUGAGGUGGUGGAUGACGAUGUAAUUAUAAUGAGAACCAAGCAUGCAGUUACUUUCUACGGUUACAAAACUAGACCAAUACAAGUAGUAUUGAGAAUUUACAAGUCCCCUGCUGAAGUGUUGCUCUCUUUUGAUAUUGAUUCUGCUUCUGUUGGUUUUGAUGGAAACACUGUUUGGUCAACUGAUAGAUGUAGAAGAUCCUUGGCUCAUGGUGUCAACUUGGUGGAUAUCGAUAGACAAUCUACUACCUAUGAAUACAGACUCUAUAAGUAUGCCAAACGUGGAUUUGCUGUUUCUGUGCCUGGAUAUCACCAUAGCAAAGUUAAGAACGAAUUGUUGCACUAUCCAAGAGUUCAUACAUUUGCAAAAAUUCAAAAACAUGUCCAUGGACUUGCUCGAUUACUAAUGUUUGAAUUUGCAUGUACCUCUAAAAAUCCAAAGCACAUUCUUGCUAGCCAUGAUUCUCCAGAAGGAGUAAAUGCUCAUCUUGCAGAAGAAAAAUGGGCAAAAGAUUUAGUAUUUGAUGAGGAUACUAGACCUUCUGAUUAUUUCAAUAUUGCACUUAUCAAAACAAACAGAUAUCCUCCAAAGAAAAUAUAUGAUAGUAUUCAGAAAGCUAGAACAGUGUAUAAUGGGUUAUUGACCUAUUCCUAUGAAAAGAGACACUUCUUUAUUUGCACAUUUAACGAUAUUAAAACUAAUUUCCAUUAUGAAAAAGAGCCUCCUUGCAUUCAUGUUCCAAGCUAUAUUGAAUUUAUUACAGUAGAACCCGGAUCACAAACUCCAAUUGGGAGUUUCCAUCCUGUACACGAUAAUUUCUAUCAAAUUGCCUACUCUAAACCAAACCUAGAUCAAAUAAUUUACAAAAGCAAUAUUUCAAUCGUUUGGAUGAAAUCAACCUUUGAGGAUAGAUCAUCUGAGGGUUCCUCUCAUGAUAGUUACUCUAAAAAGGAUGAUACCGUUACAAAGUACAUACUCAUCAAUGAUUAUCAAUCAUGGGGAAGAGCAAAAAGAAGAGACCCUGUUUGGUUCGAAACCUAUUCUCCAUCUGUUAGUGCAGCCAUUGAACAUGCCUUUAGAAUUUUCCUCUGUUUCAAGACUAAUUGUGCUGAAUAUCACGUCAAUGAUCAUGAAAUUAUUGACUUUUACACUUGGUCUGUGAAAUAUGGACCUUAUCAUCCAACCUAUCCGAAUCAAUCAAGUUUACUCUAUAGAGACACACCUUAUUGCCUUGAGGAGGAAUCGAGUACAAAUUCUGAUACAAGUUCAAAUGAGGAUGGUAACGAUAAAAAACCUUCUCGCCUCUCCAUUCAUUCCUACUAUUAG